AUGAUUGCGUGUUGUGUUAUCACAUGUUGCAUGAUUGCGUGUUGUGUUAUCACAUGUUGCAUGAUUGCGUGUUGUGUUAUCACAUGUUGCGUGAUUGCGUGUUGUGUUAUCACAUGUUGCAUGAUUGCGUGUUGUGUUAUCACAUGUUGCAUGAUUGCGUGUUGUGUUAUCACAUGUUGCAUGAUUGCGUGUUGUGUUAUCACAUGUUGCAUGAUUGCGUGUUGUGUUAUCACAUGUUGCAUGAUUGCGUGUUGUGUUAUCACAUGUUGCGUGAUUGCGUGUUGUGUUAUCACAUGUUGCAUGAUUGCGUGUUGUGUUAUCACAUGUUGCAUGAUUGCGUGUUGUGUUAUCACAUGUUGCAUGAUUGCGUGUUGUGUUAUCACAUGUUGCAUGAUUGCGUGUUGUGUUAUCACAUCCUUGUGUCCGUCCAGUCCCACCACUUCUGGCCAUACUAGAGAACAUUUGCUCUGCUGCCUCUUCGUCCCCCAAACACAUUCCAUAGACGACGAGGACAAUUCGGCGCCCCUGCGACUAACCGAAAUGUCCUCCCUGUCCUGA